GUUUCAGAGACUUUCACGUUGCUUUUUCUCAUCCUCCUCCUCCUCCUCCUCCUAAGGUUUCCCUUCUCUGAGACUGAGAGCUCGAGAGACCCGCGACCCACAAAACUCAAGAAAAGAAAAAAAUAGAAAAUUUGUUGGGUGUAUCUUCCCCAGCUCUUCGGCCAAGACAUUCUCUUCACUGCUAUCAACAACAUAUAUUUUAAUUUUUAAUGGGCUCUCUCUAUACUUUCUUCAUCUUCUUAGUUUUCUUUUGCUUCUCUACUUUGUUCUUACUACAUUCACCCUUACAGGUUACAGGGCUUCGAGACAAUGACUGGGGCUCCGUUCCUACGGCUGCUAACAGAACGAGGCACCACCACAAGUGGGUUGGACCCACUGGCCGCCGAGUGAUCACCGUCGACGCUCGUGGGUGCGGCGACUUCCUUUCGGUCCAAGCUGCUGUUGAGUCCGUUCCAGAGAACAACAGAGAGAAUGUCAUUAUACAGAUCAAAGCCGGGGUCUACAUAGAGAAGGUCGUUGUGCCAGCGACGAAACCAUUCAUCACGUUUCAAGGGGAGGGCAGGGAGGAGACAGUAAUCGAAUGGCAUGAUAGAGCGGGAGACCGUGGGCCGAACGGUCAACAACUACGCACAUAUAAUACAGCUUCUGUUACUGUUUUUGCUAAUUACUUCACAGCUAGAAAUAUUAGUUUCAAGAACACGGCACCGGCACCGAUGCCAGGGAUGGAAGGAUGGCAAGCGGCGGCCUUUCGCAUAUCGGGUGACAAGGCUUACUUCUCGGGUUGUGGCUUCUACGGUGCACAAGACACCCUCUGCGAUGACGCCGGUCGCCAUUACUUCAAGGAAUGCUACAUCGAAGGCUCUAUCGACUUCAUCUUCGGCAAUGGUCGAUCAAUGUACAAGGAGUGCGAACUACAUUCGAUAGCGACUAGAUUCGGGUCCAUAGCGGCUCAGGACAGGAAAUCGCCCCAAGAGCGAACAGGAUUCGCCUUCGUCCGGUGCAGGGUGACGGGUACGGGUCCUCUCUACGUGGGGCGUGCAAUGGGUCAGUAUUCAAGGAUCAUCUUCUCCUACACCUACUUCGCUGACGUGGUCGCGCCAGGUGGCUGGGAUGAUUGGGAUCACACCAGCAACAAGAACAAGACGGUGUUCUUUGGAGUGUACAAAUGCUGGGGACCGGGAGCAUAUGCAGUACGUGGUGUGACAUGGGCUCGGGAGCUUGACUACAAAACGGCUCAUCCAUUCCUUGCCAAGAGUUUCGUCAAUGGAAGGCACUGGAUUGCUCCUCGUGAUGCUUAGCCUUAGCCCAGAGACUUAUUGUCCUCCUCUUUUUUCUUCUCUUCUUUCUAUUAAAAUUCUUUCAUUCAUUCAUUCAUUCAAAGUUCACCCAAAUUCUUUUCCCAACCCCAAGUUGUAAUAAACUAUCUUAAUUGCAAGGCCGGUGCCACUCAGAUCUUUUUUCUCUUUUAUUAUUAUCUGUCAAUGCUGUGGUUUCCAUCAGAUGUUUGUUUGGAUAAGUUUGUAGAAAGCAUUUGAACGUGAUUUUUUUUUAUUAUUAUUAUUUGUUUCUGCCAAGUUCAUUAAGAUGUAUUUGUAUUGUAUGCCAUCCUAAUACAACAUGUGUUAGUUUAUUUAUUGAUCGGUUA